CCAGGAACUUGCGUUAUCGUGUGUUUGCGAGUUCCGAUUAAUAUGUAAAUGCUGUAAUAUUAUGCUGGAAAUUAUUCGUGCUUAAGUGAGCAGUUGAAUUUUGAAGAAUCGAAAUUGCUUGUGUUGGAAGGAAACGAGUGUAGGUAACGUGUGACACAGCAAGCAAGUGAUUUAUUGAGCACCAGAGCGUGGAUGUACGUGAGAUCAUUGCCGAAUUUGAUCAAUCAAUCUUCUGUCAAUGGCUCCAUGGCGUGUAAUAGACCUACGGGAUGCUGGAGUUUCGAGAUGACAGAAUUUCUCACUCAGCUGUAAAUUAAUGCUCAAACUUGUAAUUACCCCAAAGGAAUGAUGAUUUCUUUGGUCUUGAACCGUCGUUUUGGGCUUUUUUUCAAUUGUCGAUAAAUAUUUAAACGAGACUGAACGAAUGUGGCCGAAAUUUUCGAGAUUCAGAGUCAUUCUGAGAAGCUAAUCAGAUUGCAUCUUCCCAAAAAAAAUACAGAAAAAACGAAAAAUUAUAAUAGAGAAAUAUCUGGAAAAUGUGUGGCCAACAUUCAUGGCUGGGUAACGACAGUGGUGGAUAUCGUAGACCUCACCAUCUUUUCUUGACACAAUUAUGCCUACUAUUGAGUUGAUCCACAUGAGAAUAUUCUGGAAUCGGUCCCUUCGCUUAGAGAAUAUAGACAUCACAAAGAUCUGCUCUUCCCAGAGCAAUUUCAAUUUUCCUCUUAAAAAUAUCUUGUCUGCAACAUACAAUAGAAAAAAAACAAUUUCUUCAUGAGGCUGAGAGGACGCACGUGGAGGCGAACUCUCCUGUGAGAAAGCUUCGGCGCUGUAUGACGCCACUCAGAUGAACAAUGAACCAUUCGGGUAGCGGUAAACGUCAGGCGAAGGUUUUGGAAGACAAUUAUUGGGACUGCAGCGUCUGUACUUAUAGAAAUAACGCUGAAGCAUUCAAGUGCCUCAUGUGUGACGUUAGGAAAGGAACCUCCACGCGUAAACCGCGAAUCAACCCUCAACUCGUAGCACAACAGGUUGCCCAGCAACACUACGUGCCAUUGCUGAAGCCUGGUAAAAAAGAGGGAGGAAGUGCUGGUAGUACAAGUACGGGUAAAGAAAAAGAGCGCAAGCUGGAUAAGCCAAGGCGAAAAAAUCGUCAUCCACCAAGAUUGAAGAACAUUGAUCGCAGCACAGCUCAAACCAACGAAGUCACUGUAAACAAUGUGACUGUAGUCAUAACAGAAUACAAGCCGAAAGUAAAGAAGAGCUCCGACCAAUCUGGAUUAUCGAGCAGUGCAUCUUCAGAAAAUGGAAGUCAGCACGACUCGAAUCAGGACUCGAGGAGUCUCGACAUAGGAACUGAUGCUUAAGCUCUAAGCUAAAUUGGUAUGAGUGUCCGAACUGUUCUCAUUUAGGAUAUUUAAAAAAGAAAAAAAAAGAAAAUAACAACAAUAUCGUACGUCAUUCAUGAUCUAUCGCUGUAACAAGAUCAUAUACUUUGUUUGAUCCAUGUGUGUGACAGAAAAAUGACAAAAAACGUAGAUAUUUCUUGCUGCUGAUGAGAAAGCAACGUCUAUAAAUUUUCUUGCUCAAUGAUUGUCCGUCGAUGUGAUGAAUCGAAAGGAGAUUUAAAAAAAACACAUUGCUGCGUAACGAUUUGAUCAAAUGGUCCAAGUGCCUUUUCAUUAUUUUCAUGUAUUCUUUUUUUUUUUUAACAAAGUUUCGGACGUCAUAAAUUUUCGUCGCCUCGAGUUCAUUUUUGCAUGGAAAUUGGGCUUUUUUUAUUUUGUUACCGGUAUUAUAGGGAUUAAAAAACAAUCUACUUUCGAUUCGUGAGGUUAGCAAAAGGCUUAAGUGUCGUACUGCAAUUUAUAAUAGUUGUAUUUUUAAGUCCCCAUUACGAGCAUGAUGCGUCUGAUACACUACCGUUAAAUUUACACUGCCAGACAAUAAUUUCAUUCAAAAUUUUUACAUCCCUUACCGAUUCCAGCAUAUUAGAUUUGUAAAUCUAGUGGCACAGUGAUUUUCAUUCGAGGUUUUUCCAAAGCUCAUAUUCCCUUCAAUUUUUAUUUUUGUUUUUUCUGAAGUGUAACGAUGUUGAGAAAAACGUUAUUCGAGAGAUGAAUUUUGAAAAACAAUGAAUAAAGUCACAUCAGUCGUGCGUCAUAAACAUUUCGUGUGAUUUUUCGGAAUCGAUCGAUUUAAAUGAUUUUUAUAUUUACAAUAAUUGUGCGCAAAGGUUUCGGUGUUUUUGUUUUGUUUUGUGAUACGUAGUCCAUGAAAACUCAAUCAGUCGGAUAUUCGAUGGCACUGUACAUAUCUACACGCCGAGCAACGUAUAUUCUCUUUAUAUUUUUCGUCGUAUUCAUUUAGAAUCCUUAUCCAACAAAAUGAUCGAUUGAACAAUUAUACAAUUAAGGAUAGCCUAAUCAGUAAUUUUGUAAAUAACAGUUGAAUUAUUGGACAGUGGGGUGUUCAGCAUAUUCUUGUUUUUAGCAAUUCUUAAGGUACAUUUUACGUGCAACGUUUGGGUGAGGAUAAGAAAAAAACAUUUCGCGUUGAACAGCAAAUAUGAAAAUUUCAUAAUUUUAGACGGAUACCGGGCCUUGUGCCAAGAUAUAAUGUAUUUUUCGCUAAAUAAAAAAUUACGGAAUUUUAAUCACUUCUCAGUUUAAGGUAGUCGAAUAUAUUACUUUGACAUUGUGUCGACCAAGGUUGCAAAUGAAAAAAACGUUUAGACAAUGUAAGCGAUAAAAGAAAUGAAAGAAAAAAAAAGAAAAAUUUCAUAAUUACCUUAUUGAAUCAUGUGAAAAUAUGUCUUCUGAUCCAUAAAUAAUAAAAUUGUUUGUUGAAUUACUAUA